CAUGAUUGCUGUCUCCUUCAAUUCUAUCGCCCCCUCGCUACAUUUCAACUCCCGUGGAAUCCACCCUCUUUUUCUCUCCACAUUGUGACUUUAAUUCAAUUUUCCUCUGGUAGAUUCUGUUCCAUUCAAUUCUUGUGAAUAGCCACAACAACAUGUCUUCUCCUGCUGGUUCUCGACGAAGGGGCCGCCCAGCGAGGGAUUCGGCCACUGCAUCACCAGCUCGCUCCACACGCUCCCAACAGCAGCCGCAGGCUAGCAGCCCUGCUCAGACGACACCCCGUGCCUCGCGACGUCUACGGGGAGAAGCUGCCGUUCCCUCUUCGUCCCCCAUGUUCUUCCAGUCUUCUCCGGCUCGAGGGAAUAACAGCAGUGCCGAGACACCAGAUGCUCGGAUGGAAGAGCCUAGUUCCCCACUCGGGGCUUCAUCGACUAUGGAUGACGGUGAAAGGACACCACGCGCGAAUCGAGCAGCCAUGAGAGAUUCCUCCCCGAUCCGAUAUGUGUCCAGCUCCAGCCCUACCCGCGCAUUUGGCCGCCAGGCAGGUCAUUCAGAUAUUCCCAGUGAGAGCAGUGGUUUAUUCGUUUCCUCUCGCCAAGACCGUAUAACCUCCCGCCGCAGUGACCUCAACUCCGGAGGCUUUGGGUCAACCCCAAGCCGCAGACGCAGGGUCUUUGUGGAUGCAAAUGGCGUUCCUGCCGCCGAUGGGGAGCCUCAGUCCGAUGCGACAUUUUCGAACAUUCAUCCCGAUACCUCUGAAGCAGAGGCUAUGGGAGGCAGCUCAACCCGCGUAAUCUGGGGUACCAACAUUUCCAUUCAGGAUUCCAUGUCCGCUUUCAAAAACUUUCUUCACAACUUUACCACUAAAUACCGUUUGUGGGCCGAUGGAGCAACAGAGGAUGAGACGCGCCGGAUGGGUGAUGCGGCUGAAGAAUUAGAAUACAUUGAAAUGCUCAACACAAUGCGGCAACUGGGUGUUACCAGUCUCAACCUGGAUGCGAAGAACCUCAAGGCAUACCCACCGACUCUGAAACUGUGGCAUCAGCUUCAGGCGUACCCGCAAGAAAUUAUUCCUCUAAUGGAUCAAAGCGUCAGGGACGUCAUGGUCGAAUUAGCGGCGAAGGAAAUGGAGCGAUUGCGGUCCCAGAUUCAGCGUAAUCAGAGCAACCAUAGGGAUAUGAGUGAUGCUCCAGUUGUUCCUAGCUCUGAUGCCAUGAGCGAAAGUGGUCGGAUGCCACAGACGGAGAUCCCAGACCUUGUCGCAGAAGCUGAGACGAAACCAUACAAAGUUCUUCCUUUCGGUCUUGACAGCACAGUCAAUAUGAGAGAUCUUGAUCCUGCCGAUAUGGAUAAACUGGUGAGCAUCAAGGGUUUGGUCAUUCGUGCUACACCCAUUAUACCUGACAUGAAAGAAGCAUUCUUCCGCUGUCAGGCCUGUAACCACUCGGUUCAAGUCGAUAUCGAUCGCGGCAAGAUCGCCGAACCCACCAUCUGCCCCCGUCAAGUCUGCCAACAGAGGAACUCGAUGCAGAUUGUCCACAAUCGCUGCGUCUUUGCCGAUAAACAAGUGAUCAAGCUGCAGGAGACCCCAGACAGCAUCCCCGACGGUCAAACGCCUCACUCGGUUUCUUUAUGUGUCUACGACGAGCUGGUGGACGUUUGCAAAGCAGGUGACCGGGUUGAGGUUACAGGUAUCUUCCGAUCCAACCCCGUGCGCAUCAAUCCUCGCCAGCGGACACAGAAAAGUCUUUUCAAGACAUACAUCGACGUUCUCCAUGUUCAGAAGAUCGACCGCAAGAAGCUGGGUAUCGACGUGUCGACCGUUGAACAGGAGCUUUCAGAACAGGCUGCUGGCGACGCUGAGCAGAUCCGCAAGAUUUCUGCCGAAGAGGAGGAUAAGAUCAGGCGGACAUCCACACGGCCUGACCUAUACGAGCUUCUUGCGCGAUCGCUGGCUCCUAGCAUUUACGAAAUGGAUGACGUGAAGAAGGGUAUUUUGCUUCAGUUGUUCGGUGGCACGAACAAGUCAUUCCAGAAGGGUGGUAACCCGCGCUACCGUGGCGACAUCAACGUGCUCCUCUGCGGUGACCCCUCGACUUCCAAGUCUCAAUUACUCCGAUAUGUCCACAAGAUCGCUCCCCGAGGUGUAUACACCAGUGGUAAGGGUUCGUCUGCUGUCGGUCUUACGGCCUACGUCACGCGUGAUCCCGAGACCCGUCAGAUGGUGCUCGAGUCCGGUGCCUUAGUUCUCUCCGACGGAGGUGUUUGCUGCAUUGAUGAGUUCGACAAGAUGAAUGAGUCCACGCGCUCCGUCCUCCACGAGGUCAUGGAACAGCAAACGGUGUCUAUCGCCAAGGCCGGUAUCAUCACGACUCUAAAUGCCAGGACAAGUAUCCUUGCAUCGGCCAACCCAAUCGGCAGCAGAUACAACCCGAACUUGCCCGUUCCCCAGAACAUCGACCUUCCACCUACACUAUUGUCACGUUUCGACUUGGUCUACCUUGUCCUUGACCGCGUCGACGAACAGGAGGACCGUCGCCUGGCCAAGCACAUUGUCAACAUGUAUCUUGAAGAUAGGCCAGACAACGCGAGCGAGCGGGAAGUCUUGCCCAUUGAAUUUCUGACAGCCUAUAUAACCUACGCCAAAACCAAAAUUCAUCCCGUCAUCACACCCGCCGCUGGCAGAGCCCUGUCCGACGCUUACGUGAACAUGCGUAAGCUCGGAGACGACAUCCGCUCAGCAGAUCGCCGAAUUACAGCAACGACCCGUCAGCUCGAGUCGAUGAUCCGACUAGCUGAAGCUCACGCCCGUAUGCGCCUUUCUACCGAGGUAACAGCAGACGACGUGGAAGAGGCCGUGCGCCUGAUCCGCUCUGCCAUCAAACAAGCGGCCACAGACUCCCGCACCGGAUUGAUCGAUAUGAGUCUUCUCACAGAGGGCACAAGUGCGAGCGAGCGACGAAACAAGGAGGCCCUCAAGCGCGGUAUCCUCGGCGUCGUCGAUGACUUGGCCGGUGCUGCGGGUGGCGCAGCCCGCUGGGCAGAGGUCUAUCGGGUCUUGAGCGAGCAGGCUAGCGCUGGCGUUGAUAGCGCUCAGUUCACGGAGGCCGUUAGGGCUCUUGAGUCAGAGGGUCUUGCGAACAUCCUGGGUGAGGGCGCGCGGAGAAGUAUCCGCCGUGCUGCUGGUGCGGUUGCAUAAGACGCGGACGACAGAACGAUGAGGAAAUGAUGAUAUGGAGUACAUAAUACAUAAAUGGAGGUCGAUGAUUAGCUAUCAACAUGUAUGGUUUGGUGUCUGGUGUUAGGGUAUGGUUGGAUGCGGGAUGGUCUUGCGUUUACUCAAGUCGAUAAUUCCAUUUAGUAUCUAUCAAUUGAUCAUUUCUGUGGCAAGA